UAUUACACUCGGUUGAGGUAUUAAUUUUAGAUGCACGGAAAAAUAUGUGGAAACUCCUCGGUACUUAAGUGCACCAUCCUACACGAAACGAAGAGAACCUGGAAGACUAGAGUAAAAUGACAACCGUGCCGUUAAGCGGAUGGGUGUAACAAGGCCUGACCCCACCCCUCCGCCACAGGUGUGAACAGCAAAGAACCUUCGAUGCACGUGCGUGCAGGAGAGAGGUGGCUGUAACUGCUGACCGUCACCAAAAGAAGCCCGUGUGCAUAUUUGUUAGUCACUCACCUAGAGAUGUCAGAAAGAGUGAGAAGUUCAGAGCACGACUCUUACCGGCCUCGGAGCCGUGAGAGAGACCCCGAGCGUGGCAGGAACACGCAGAGCCAACACAGCAGGGACUCUUCGGGAGGUAGGAGAAACCGAGACAGACACCGGCCAGACGAAAGGCACAACAGAGAGGACCCGCGGAGUGGCCACUCGGCAGAGCGAGAGCGUGAGCGGCGCUACAGACACGAGCGCGAUACGUCGGGCAGUCGUUACAAGUCCCGAGAAGAAGAUAAAGCGCCGUACCCUGAAGAGCCUCCGCGGUAUAAAGACCUUCACUUAAACAGAGCGGAGCCCCGCCACUACGCGGAGAAAUACAGUGAUGCACCUGUGUUCUCUACUUCAGCCAGCCAUGAGUACCCACAAGAAGAAAUGGAAUAUUAUGAGCCACAGUCUUCUAUGAAUCUAUUCAACUGUUAUAAAUGUGGAUACUUUUGCACAGGAAGAGGGGCACUGCAGUUGCUGGAGGUCCUGCUGAAUAUCUUGGUACUCGUGUGUGUGGUCUCCUCCUUCGUUUCCUUGUCUGGGUUCAGCUCUGCCAGUGCAGGCUUUGCUGGUGGCUCCCUAAGCCUCGACACCAUGUCGUACCCGUUCCAAGGUACAGAGUUACAACUGGUGCGGGAUCUGGACCAGAAGUUUUCCAUUGAGAGAGCACCACUUCUUUAUGGCAGCCUAGCUGUAUCAUUGGGACUGGGGGCGCUCACCUUGGGGAUCAUGAUAGGCAAUGCCAGACUACACUCGCGCUUCUGGAUCUUGUUGGAAAUUAUAUUCAGUAUCAUUGCAGCGGCAGCUUAUCUUGCUGGCACUGCUGUUUAUCUGCAUUUUGUCUUACAGAUAAACCGUACUGAUCUCUGCAAACAACGGGCGCAGUUGUAUGCCAGGAAUGGAUUCACUUGGAUGAAUUGUGAGGUUUCGGGAACAGAUGGGGCAGCUGCUUUUUUUGGGCUAGUUCUUGUCGUAUUUUACACAGCAAGUACUGUAUUGGCAGCUCUUCAGUGGAAACGAAUCGAAAGAUUGGAUGAGUAAGACUUUUUAAGUUUUGCAGUGUCCACUGUAGUCGACUAUCCUUUUCAACAUUAAGCUUUAAAAUGAUUCCAUGUCAACUUGGUAAUUCUGAGAACAAGUUGUGCAGUAUUCACUGUAUCUGCAAGAGCAUACAUUCAUUUUAAUGUUUUACUAAGCCAGAGCUCUGCUCAUUUCAAUGUAGAAAGUAUUUUUUUUUAUUGUAUUGCUUUUUUUUUUCCUCUUUCUUUUAAGAGUAUCUGUCAAAAUGGUCAAAGCCCUCUACUUAAUUCUUGAUAGAAAGUACAAGUAACUAGUGGCAUACUGCAUUCAUAAUAUGUUAAAAACGUUUCCCAGAAAAAUCACGUGGUAUCUAGCGCUGAAGAUUUUUAUUUUCCCAUUGACCCUGCUGAAUUACAGUGUUGGGACAAUUACAUAAACCAAUACACUAUUGUUUAUUUACCAUGUUUACUGUUAAGCUGGGAGAACCUUACAAUGGAAGGCAUUGCAAUACACAUGGAAGAUGGUGGACAUGUGGAUGACUGUUUUUGCCUUAUACUGUAUGUGAAUUAAGCUGUACUAGGGUGAUGGGUGAAUAAGAAAGAAAGCAACUUUUUAGCACCCAGAGGUGUUCCUUAUGUUUUUGUAUUUUUGUUUGUUGUUCACUGUUCUCCUUCUAAAUACUGGCUUCCAUGAUGACUGACUGUCUUGUUAUGUUAGUAAAUAGAAGGUUUUUCCAA